CAGAAGAGGACGUUUGCCGUAGCUUUAAUUUCCGGUUGAAGGGAGACGGACAAAAAGGCUUCAUAUCUUACGUGUUUCUGGUCAGUUCACAUUACAGUUACGCCCUUCUCAGCCUUUUGAUAUAUUUCACUUCACCUGAAAUAUGAACCUGUAUUUGUAUAUUGCCAGAUCGUUAGAAAGGAGUGUUGCUACUGCAAGAAUGGGCAAACUACUUUGGUUAAUAUCUUGCCUCAUGGCCAUCGGAUUUUAUGCAGAGUUAUGGUGAGUGUGCAAUGAGUAUGUAUAUUGUUUUGCAAUUAAGCUUUCUGCAUGUGCAACUUUAAUUUAUGUGGCUGACUGCGCCCGUGGGCAAGAUGAAGCGAAUCCUGUGUUCUGACUGGCUCACCAAACGGGCAAGAUGGGCCCAAUCUUGCCUACUCGUGAUUGCCCGCUUCGAUUCCGCGCGCUAGCAGUCUACUUACAGAGUUCGCAAUUUGCGGACAAUGACAGCAAGGGAGUCGCAAAAGCGACAGAACACACUCAAAAUAAAGGAAACAUAAAACGAGUUCCUGAGUUAACUGUGCUACAAAAACCUGCUUUCUUUGCCAGCACUCAAAAAUAAAGAAAGUCAUUCUUGAUUUGUUUACCGCGCAAUUUUUUGCAUUAUAAUAAAAUCCCUUUCUAACACUCACUCCCCGUGUUUCAAAUGGUUUAACCCAAGAUCAUGAAAAGAACCUGAGCUCUGACUAGUUUGGCCAAAAUAUUCUGAUUUUUUAAUCCUCAAAGGGCCAGACGUAAUUUUUGAUUAUAUGCACGAAAUUAAUGGAAUGAUAAAAAUGCUCAUUUCUUCUUUUUGUUAUGUCUAUGCUCUAGUGAAACAUCUCCAGUUGACACGAUUGAAGGAGCAGCUCUGAAGAUUGCAACAUUUAACGUCCAAAUAUUUGGGUACAGAAAAAUGGCAAAUCGUUUGGUCAGAGACAUAUUAGUCAAGGUAUUUUUCACUAUUAGUGAAAAAGAGUUCGACUGUACUUAGUAUCUUGAGCCGAUGUCUGUUUCCUGAGACGUUCACCUAAAGGGUGCCUCGAUCCGAUGUUCACAGUGCCGACGUUUGUUGAAGGCCUAGAGGAUCAAUAUCAGUAUCUGGGCAACUGCCCACCUACCCCUCCCCUAACCCAACAUCAACCCUAAGUUGUUAUCAAUUGAUUGUUGUUGAGUUAGGGGAGGGGUAGGUGGGCAGUUGCCCAGAUACUGAUAUUGAUCCGAUGUAAUAACUGUCCUAAGUGUAAUAACAUUUGGUCCUAAAUGUAGUAACAUUUAGUCUUAAAUGUAAUAAUCCUCCAAUGCAAUCGUUUAACCCCGCCAGUGCAUUGUUGUUAUACCGGGCAUCCAUAUUGAGAUGUUAAAGUGACAGCUGUUGCAUCAAAAAUUCCUCUGACCAGUAUUCAUGUCACAUUGGUCAAAGGAUUCCUUGGUGCAACGGGCUUAUCACAUUUAGGACCAAAUGUUAAUACAUUUAGGACAGCUAUUACAUUUAGGACUUCUACAGACGUCUGUGUAAAUAGACUUCCGCUCGCCUCGAGAACAAAAGUUCACUGAAGUGGAACUUCCACAUCCAGCCAACGCCAGGAGAAUUUCUUCUCCAUCACCUCGUUCGCUUUUGAUGAGCGUAAAUAUAUAUAUAUGAAUCUUUCGUUGACGUUUGAUGUUUUUUGCAGGUGGUUUUGAGGUAUGAUAUCAUACUGAUUCAAGAAAUUCGUUCAAAGAACGAGGGACCAAUAAACGAGCUGUUGGCGGAUGUCAACAAGUAAUGAAUUAACUCAUUAACUUUAUUUUACUCGUCAAGUAAUAUUUAUCGACAAUCUAAAGGGAACCUUCAUCUUUUCACCUGCCUUCUCCCUAGAUAACUUAUUCCAGUUAUGUGCUCAAGCUGCACCAGAGUUUUUCUUCACUUUUUCCUUCCUUCUUCCAACCCCCCCCCCUCCUUUCUCUGCCUUCUACCUAAGAGUAUUCCUAUUCCUGGAUAGGAUGCUAGCUCAUCGCAGGGUGACCCCCAGGAUACCGACUGCGUCCCACACAUACUCAGGCAAAAUGCAAAAUUUGAGCGUUUUUAAGAUGCAUUUGUAAAGUAACUUUUAUCUCAGUUUUCAUAUGUACUAUCCUUAAUUCAUUCCAGAUCAGUUACGUAUUUUAUAAAGAAAAUGCGAAGAGCUCGUUAAGAGUCUUUGUUUCUCUUUUGCUCUAUGUCAGGGUUUCAUCUCCCCCCGGCGUCUAUAAGAUGGCGUUGAGUGUCAGGCUUGGUCGCACAGCCAGCAAGGAGCAGUAUGCAUUCUUAUACAGGUGAGCUAAGAUGCAUAACCUACACUAAUCCGUCUUCUAUGUUAACACUAGCUCAAAGCCGAUUUGUAAGGAACACUUUGAUUCUCCUUUGAGUUAAUAGGUGUUGUGAAGGAUGGUGCUUAAAUUGGACAGAAUGCUUUUUGGUUUAGACCCCAUGAAAAUGUUUUUUUUUUUAUACGUUUCAAGUUUACUGGGCAAGAGGGGGGAGGGAAGGGGCGUGGUCAUGACUGGGCAACAGCAAAAACGAUAUCACCAAUCUUAAAUCAAAAUAUAAGUUAUUAGCGCGUUAUUAAUACACGACAAUUGUCAGUAUAGAAGAGUACCCCCCCCCCUCAGUUAUAAACAGAACCAGGUCCUCCAGACCGAGAUCGCCUGUGCGACUUUUUUGUGAUUUGCAUGCCCCUUACUCAGGUUGUUUGAUUGAAGAAAGGUUCGAUAUAUGAAAAUGGAAGUAUAUGAUGAAAGACUAAUAUCAAGCUGUCUUUUUCACCACUAGGAGUGACAAGGUAACUGUUACGGACAGCUAUGUGUAUCAUGACAAUCAAGACACAUUUGAAAGAGAACCUUUUGUUGUCCGUUUCCAAGCCAAAGGAGCAUGUAAGUUACAUUUUUUUUGCCUAUUAAUUCCGUUUGAAAUGAGGAAAAUUUGAUUGUAUCAAUGUUCUGCCAAAUAGCUAUGAGAACGUGUGUAGAUAACGCAAGCGUAGUUUUGUCAACAAUCGCGCUGUGUACGCGAGUGAAUCGUGUGUAAAGCAAAGACUCUUACUCAUCCGCGAGUGAUGAAGGAGCGGUGCGCGCCAGUAAUAAGGUUUGCAAGUAGAAUAAAAUGGGUUUGAUUCUGUUCAGCGUACCUUUGUCCAUGUGUGUGCAGUCGAUUUUCUAGGACAUUCAUUUUAGAAUACAAUGUUGUGCAUUGUUAGGGAAAGGAGAGGAAUAUCGAAGCCGAGAUGAUUUUGACAAAGAGAUGCCUUUUUCUUUAUUUAGAUGUGUCAGACUUUGCUAUGGCUGCCAUACACACUUCCCCAAAAGCUGCAGAGUUAGAAAUCGACCAUUUGGUCGACGUUUACGACGACAUUGUACAACGAUGGCAAUUGAAAGACGUCAUGAUUUUGGGCGACUAUAACGCCGGCUGCAGCUAUGUAACCAGGUCAGAGUGGCAUAAAAUAAGGCUAGCAACGGACAAGCGAUUCUAUUGGCUCUUUUCUGAUCUGAUGGACACUACAGUUGCGAAGUCCGAUUGCCCGUAUGACAGGUAAAUUUGGUAAAGACAACUAACUGAGUUAAUAAUGUGCAUUGGCUACCGUAUAGAGUUUCUAAAGCUCACCGUUCGAGCGUUUAUCCUUCGUCAGAGCACUCUCACAACGGGCUAACGUUCGAAACGUCAGAUUCAGAACCUCUUUAUCGUGGCCAAAUUAAAUUCAGCUGAUAGAGUCAAAGUAUCCUAUACAGAGAGUCUAUGGCUCACAAGUAGAGCGUCAGAUCACGGAAUCCAAGGGUCUGAGGUUGGAUUCCUCAUAGGAGCUCAAAAUUUCUUUCUUUGUCCCUGGAAGAAAGUGUCAUUCGCGCAUGGUUUCACGUCGAAAACUCGCCUGAACGCAAAACCUAUCAAAGAAAACGAAAUACUAUCAUCUUUCAGGUACUAUAGCGUGUAAUAUCAUGGUUUUAACCCUUGCUGUUUGUAUUUUAAAGGAUGGUAGUUGCCGGGUAUAACAUGACCAGAGGAAUCUUUCCAGACAGCGCCUACGUGUUUAAUUACAAAGAUGCUUAUGGAUUGAGUCAGAAUGAGGUACAUUAUUCUUAUGCAACGAUAAGAGGUUUUGAUGGAGUUAUAGAUGACUCCAUAAGUUAAAAAUGUUUACCAAACCAGCGUAGAAAGGUCUGCAUCGGGUUGUCCUCAGAUGAAGGAUUUUAUUAAGGUUUUCCAGCGUUCCGCUUCUCUUGAAGGUUCCAUCCUGUUGUUUGAUCGUGUAGGGAAGGACUGUUGUCUGUCGCCAGAAAACGCGCGCUAUUAUCUCGACCAAUCAAACGCAGAGCUAAAACCAAUCUCAACUUGGUCACCCGCGUUUUCGCGCGCUUCAAGCAAGUUACCUGUUUUUACUUAGAGUUCGCAUUGGUUGAUGUUGACUUUAACCUUUUUCCUGAUUGUCAGUCGUGAUUACUUUGGUUUUGUUGUUUCGACACGCAAUUGAAAACUGCUGUAUUGGUUGACUCAAGAAGUUUCGAUCUGUCGACAAGGUUAGGUGAUUUUCCAUAGUAAGUUCAUUGAGUCAAUUUUGUGUUUAAGUCGUCUUCAUAGUGUUUGCUGACAUCGGUAGACAUCUGUUGAGAGGAGACUGCUACAUAUUUAGUAAAACAUCAUCCAGAAUCAUUCCUUGAAAUUAUUCGGUGCAUUCGAUUACACAUUGCGCGGAGUCUUGGUCAAAAGUGAGGUUCAUAAAUCGAGAAUGUUAAGCAAUGUUGCUGUUAAUUAACAUACUGCAUUACUGUUUUCUGCAGGCGAAGAAAGUGAGUGAUCACUGGCCCAUUGAGAUACAAUUUAAGGAUUCAAGUGAGUCAAUUUCAGUUGUAAUUGUAGCACAAAUAACAACGGAUAUUAGUAACUUCCUCGCCUUCGGUUCGGUUGCCACUUUUUCUGUCGUUAUCGCAUUAAAACUUCUUCUGAGUCAUCUAGAACUGAACAGAAUUGUGGAAAAACUGGAUCGAUUUGUCAAUUUGCUGUUCUUUUCUUCUUCUCAUAAGCUUACAGAGAUGAGGAACAGUUCUUCCAAGAGUCUUUUACAGUCACAAUCAGGGAUAAGCGUAUGUCAAAGGUCUCCAAAUACAAGCUUUACGCAAUGCGUUCCAAAAACCCACUGCUGUCGCAAGGUUUCACUUUGAAAACUACUUACAACAACAGGAAAAUUGACGAAAUUAUCAUUUCAAAGGAAACCGCUUCAGUUGGAGAGGCGAGAGAUGCCGUAGAGGUUUUCCGCAAGACUUAUCCAAAGCUAGUUUCCUCCUCACAAGAAGCUGUAAGCAAACGAAAAAUCGGCCAGUUAACACAAGUUGGAGAUGCCGACUGCGUCGCUAGACAGCACGAGACAACAGUCUACCAAAUGCUCUCCAACACUUGCCAUGAUGUGAAAGUGAAGGAGAUUUAUUCAGUUCAACUUGUCUGUAAUGUACCACUUGGCUUGUGCGAGAUCAAUGUACAAGUAGCUAAUUAGUCUUUGUCACUUUUAGCAUUGCAACUAUUGUCCAUUUCGUCAGCUUUUCCGUAAAUUACAUGUAGCCUGCCGGUUUGGUCUGUUUAGCACAAACGAUCGAAAGAUAAACGCGCGUCACAGAUAUUUGUCGACACCCAGCAAGAGCUGUUGAGUCUAACGCCCGAUAAACUAAGAAAAAAUGGGAAUAUAAGAUGCCGAUUUGUUUUAGUUGUCUUCUCUUUUGGCUUAAUUGUUAUUCGGGCGGUGCAGUAUUGUAUUGAUUUAUCAUAUUUUUUGAGUAACUGUAAACUGAUCGCUGUUUAGCCUUUGUACGCUUAAAAUAUUAGAAUUAAAAAACAAAAGGGUAACAAUAACACACUCUUUGUCACCUUAAUUCCCUGC